UACCAGUCCACCAACCCUGUUUGGGGACAAGGAAACAUGUGGUGGGAUCAGAACCUUCUUGCGCUCUUUAGGAGGAACUUGUGGACUACUGUCACUUAUUGGAGCGUCUUCUUCAGCUUUGGAUUAUGCAUUGCGUUUCUAGGACCAACUAUACUAGACCUGAGGUGCCUGACUCAUAGCAGCCUGAAGGAGAUUACCUGGGUCUUCUUCGCUCAGCAGUUCUGCAUCCUGGUGGGAAGCACUUUAGGGGGAGCCUUCAAAAAGUCGUUGAAGCUGUGUUUGUUUGUCCUUCUCACAUCAACUCUGAUCAUCUCCGUGGUGUUUGUUAUAAUUCCAUUUUGCCGACAUGUUGUGGUGCUUGCAGUAAUAAUGGCAGUAGCUGGGCUUUCUAUGGGUUGCAUUGACACAAUCUCCAACAUGCAACUAGUAAAGAUAUACAAGCAGGACUCAGCAGUUUUCCUACAGGUGCUUCAUUUCUUUGUUGGUUUCGGAGCGCUACUGAGUCCUUUGAUAGUAGAUCCAUUCCUUUCAGACACCAACUGCAUCCAGUCUAAUUACACCUUGAAUGGGAGUACAAAUCUGGAACACAUCAGGAACUCAAUCGUGCCUCAUCAUCCAGGGAAUGUGUCGCAUUAUGUUCUUCCACUUUAUGGGCCAGCACUAACAAAUGUGGGCUAUGCAUUUUGGAUUAUGGCUUCCAUCAAUCUUCCAGUACCUAUUGCAGUUUUCAUUCUGAUGUACAAGGCGGGCAUGGUGCCUGGCUGUGAGGACAGGAAUGGGACUUUACUCUCUGCAGAUGAGCUAGCAAUGGAGACUCAUAAGGGGCACCAGACAAGUGACAGCCAAAUAACAGAAACACAGAAAGUGCAAAGUGGUAAUUUUAAUUGUUGUCAGAAUAAAACCUUUUGGGAUGCUCCGUGCACAUAUUUUGCAAUUCAUAUUUGUUCAGCAUUGAUCCUGUUCAUGACUGAUGGAAUAGUGGGAGAAUACUCUGGUUUUGUCUAUAGUUAUGCUGUGGAAGAACCACUGUUACUAGCUCACAAGACAGCAGGAUAUCUACCGAGCGUCCUCUGGGCUUCUGUCACUUUGGGAAGACUCAUCUCCAUUUCUGUGUCUUAUACAAUGGCUCCUCGGACUAUGCUACUUAUUAAUAUGAUUGGUGUUUUAGGGGCAUUUUUGUUCCUGAUUUUGUCACAGAAUAGCACCGCUGGACUUUUCAUAGGAACAGCUUUUCUUGGUCUUUUUAUCAGCAGUGUUUUCCCCAGCAUGUUGGCCUACACAGAGAAUAUCCUAAACUACAAGGGCUGUGCCACCACAGUUCUGGUAACCUCAGCUGGCAUAGGUGAAAUGGUUCUUCAGAUACUAGUGGGAACGAUAAUUGAAACUAAGGGAAGUUACAGUUUCUUAGUUUGUGGGGUCAGCCUCUCCACAUUGGCCUUUACUCUGUAUAUUGUGCUGGUAGUGCUUGAUAACAUGCAUACAAGGGAGUCAAAAGAUACACCAUGGAAAACACCAGAACAAGGAAGAGAUGCAGAGCCAUAUCAACGGUAGAAAAUGCUGAUCCCUACAAGCACAAACAGCUUUUCACAUGUGAAGAGACUGCAAAACCAAUAUUCUUCUCUUCAAAAUUUUGCAAACAUCUGCGUACAAAUACUUAUAA